UCCACUCAGUAUGAAACGACCGCCACGAGCGUACCCAUGCCAGUAGGUCCACAGUCCAACACGUGAACUUAUCGAUUGCACCGGCCGGCUUUAAUGUUGCAUACGAUUAUUAUUUCGGUUAAAUAUUAGCUUUACAAAUUUGUCUAUAUAACGCUCUCAACACCAAGGACUUUCCAGUUGGUUUGGAUUGGACAGUCGGUUAACAGUGUAGUGAGCUAUAAUAAUUAAUAAGGAUUAUUUAUUUAAUUAAUUGCGUAUACGUAAGAGCUUAAAUAUGGCUCCAAACAUUUCGGAGGACGUAACAGGAGUCCUCUUCGAGAGCGAUGCGGCAACACCAGACCUGGCACUCGCGAGUGCACCAGUUUACAAGGCCGAUAACAAAGCAAAACAGCUGGUCUGGAGGAACAUCAUACUCUUCGCGUACCUUCAUUUAGCAGCGCUUUACGGUGGAUAUUUGUUCCUCUUCUCAGCUAAAUGGCAGACAGAUAUAUUUGCCUACAUCCUGUAUGUGAUCUCUGGUUUGGGAAUAACGGCUGGAGCUCAUCGACUAUGGGCCCACAAGUCAUACAAGGCCAAAUUGCCCCUUAGAAUCAUUUUGGCCGCCUUCAACACCGUAGCAUUCCAGGAUGCUGCAAUGGAUUGGGCACGAGACCACCGCAUGCAUCACAAGUACUCUGAGACCGAUGCUGACCCUCAUAACGCGACUCGUGGAUUCUUUUUCUCUCACAUUGGCUGGCUUCUAGUCAGAAAGCACCCGGACCUCAAGGAGAAGGGCAAAGGGCUCGACAUGAGCGACUUGCUUGCCGAUCCCGUGCUUAGAUUCCAGAAAAAGUACUAUCUUCUGUUGAUGCCUCUGGCUUGCUUCGUCAUGCCUACAAUGAUUCCGGUGUAUUGCUGGGGUGAAACGUGGACAAAUGCAUUCUUUGUGGCGGCCAUGUUUCGUUACGCAUUCAUCCUGAACGUCACGUGGCUUGUAAACUCCGCUGCCCACAAGUGGGGAGACAAGCCCUAUGACAAAAGCAUCAAGCCAUCUGAAAACUUGUCAGUGGCCAUGUUCGCUCUCGGUGAAGGCUUCCAUAACUAUCACCACACAUUCCCCUGGGACUACAAAACCGCUGAGCUUGGCAACACCAAGCUCAACUUCACAACAGCCUUCAUUAACUUCUUUGCUAAAAUCGGUUGGGCUUACGAUCUGAAGACCGUGUCUGACGACAUCGUCAAGAACAGGGUGAAGCGCACCGGUGACGGUUCUCACCACCUGUGGGGAUGGGGGGACAAGGACCACUCCAAAGAGGAAAUCGCAGCCGCCAUUAGGAUCAACCCUAAAGAUGACUAGUUUCAUACUGAUCUUUCAAUGUGGGUAUAUAUGCUCACAAUAAAAUUCGAAUAUAAUUUAGUAAGUGUUUUAGAGAUUGAUUUAUUUAUAAAGUUAUUAGACACAUAGAAGUACUUGUGAAACAUACAUUGUCCGGUACAUUAACAAGCAAUGAUCAAACAUUAGUAAUGCAUAUUGAGUAGGCACAGAACACGAUCGGUGUGCAGCUUCCCUAUGUGCUUGUAUACGCAUCGCAAGGUCGCGGCCGUCAAACGGUCCAUUGUCGCAUGCUUACAUGAUUUGAUGCUAAGGUUUGAUUGUUUCGCCGCUUUUCUAAGACACGCUAACAAGGUCUUCCGAAUUUACUCUUUCGAAAUACAGAAAUAUUUAUGAAUUACAUUUUGUCUUUUAACUGUCUAGACUUAACAUUAAAUUUGUAAUUUGAAUUUUAAAUGUAUUACAAUAAUAUAAAUUGAAUGAUGAAACAUAAACUUUAAAAGUUUAUUGAGUGUUUGAGCAAGUUAUUCUAUGUGAUAGAAAUAAUUCGAUAAAGGUAACACAUCAGUAUUAUAGACCACAUAUUGUUAUUUUAUUUUUAUAUGCUAAUGCAGGUAACUAGUCUUUUGCAUUUCUAAGAGGUUCAGUGCAAACUUUCCUUGUGUUGUUCCAGUACAUGUUAAUUUAAUGGAAUUGAAAUAUCCAAGAAUUUUACAUGAUUGAAAUAUGUGGUGUAUAAGAUUUUCAAGAUAUUUGUUUCAUGUUGUAAAAGCAGAUACACAGUGCCAGUCUAUAGUUAUGUAUGUAUAAGUACAUACUUCGGUAAAUAACAUAGUAUUGCACGAAACUUAUAAAUAGCGUACGUUACAGUUGUAAACGGCGUACUGUGUAAUAUUGGAUCAGCCGGUCUGUGACUCCUAGGUCGCGAAUGCGCAAGAUUUAGAGAUACCUACAAAGUUGUUUAUUUACUCUUUAAAAAUAUACGUAUGUGCUAUUACAACGUGUAUAGUGGACUGAUGUGUAAGAGAAUUGUGAUAAUUAGAAGGGUAAAUAAUUUAUCCGGUAUGUAAGCGAAAAGUGAACAAUAGUAGAUAAUUAUAUAGAAUGUAUGUUUGAAUUCAAUAUGUCUUUUCUUGUAAUUAAUAUUUAACGUCGUAUUAAUUAAGCAUAUAUGAAGAUGUCAAAGUUUCCACUUGUCAUUGUAACUUUUCGCACAUCAUUAUGCUUUUUCGAAUAUUUAAUUUGUUUCUUAAAUUAUUGAUUGAUGAAUAUUAUACUGCUGUAGCACAGAUA